AUGCUCCUGGUGCUCUUUCUCCCUUCUCUGGGAAUUCCGCCAAAGCUGAAAAGUGUUGAUGGUAACGCCAGCCCUGACCACAGCUUUUUUAACCCUGCUUUUGUGUCUGUUGAUGUUCCAGUCAAUGCCAACAUUGAGGGAAACACUGUGGAUGCUCCUGGUGCUCUUUCUCCAUUCUGUGAGAAUUCUGCCAAAGCUGAAAAGCGUGCUAGUGUUGAUGGUAACCUCAGUCCUGACAGCAGCUUUUUCAACCCUGCCUUUGUCUCUGUUGAUGUUCCAGUCAAUGCCAAUAUUAAGGACAACACUGUGAAUGCUCCUGGUGCUCUUUCUCCAUUCUGUGGGAAUUCUGCGCAGGCUCCUGCUGCCACACCCUCCGGGAAAGUUGAAAAGGUGAGUGACUCUCCAACUGCACUGAUUUAUCUUUUGGAGAAGUAG